CUAAAAAGCCCAAAGCCUGUUUAGCCUCGUCGUCUUCCUCUCCUCAGGCAAAAACUAAGCCCACUACUCACUGAGCGGAGUCACAUGGUAACCCCGAAAGGCAGCCAAGCCAAACAAAACCUACACUCAGAAAAAAAAAAAAAAAAAAAAAAACUAAAAAAAGUAAAAUUAAAACUAAAAAAAAUCUCCCACAAAAAUUUUUUUAGAGAGCGAAAGCGAAAAAAAUUACGCAAAGGACUCUUAAUAGAGAGGGACUCGACAACGCGCUCAUGGCUUGCAUUUACCUGGAGGUGUAGUAUUUUAGGGUUAAUUCAUGUCGUUUUGAUUGAGGUCACGACGUUGGGAAAGGGUUCGAAGCUUCAAAACCCUAGGAGAGAGUUAGAGAGGUAGCGAGAGUGUUGAAAAGAGCGGGAACGUUUACAUGCUCCAACGUGCUUUGCCCUAGCUCCCAAUUGUUCGACUCUGUAUCCCAAUUCAGGUAUUGACCAAUAUCAUCCUUUUGCAUCGAUGGGAGCGGCCAGCCUGUAGAUAUUUUGGUAGGGAUGCAUGGAUGUAAGUCAGGAUCUGCUCUCUUAGUAAAUGCUGAGGUUGAUUUCAUGGGAGGGGUUGUUGACGGUGGAAUUGGAACUGGUUUCAAAACCUCUCCGCACAGAGCAGCUAUUGAGAAGGCUCAAGCAGAGCUUAGGCAGGAGUAUGAUGUUCGCCAGGAAAGGAGAAGAGAACUAGAGUUUCUUGAGAAAGGUGGCAAUCCCUUGGAUUUCAAAUUUGGCAAUGCAGCUUCAGUUAGUUUCCAGUCUACUUCUCUUACUGAUCAGCUAGCUGAAAAUUUUGUUACCAGUGAGGCGAAAGGUAGUUUUGCACUGACUGCCUCACCUCAUGGCGAUUCGGUAGAGAGUAGUGGUAGACCAGGGGUUCCUGCAGUUUGUGAACCCCAUAGUGCUGAUAAUCUCUUACUUUUUGAUGGUGAAAAUGAGUUGCCUGAAGGUGAAAGGAAGUCUAUGCAUCUUCGUAGGAGGAAUAAUGUUGUUCCAUCAGAGCAAUCUUCUCAGAUGGAUGGGACUCAAAAUGCAAAGGAAUCAGAAGAUUCUGCUAUUUUUCGCCCAUACGCUCGAAGAAACAGGUCCAAAAUAAAUCGAGAUGGAGCUCGAUCAAGUUCAACAGAUAUGGUUCAGGGUCGAGGUGGUCAUGGCUCAUCUUUAUCUGCUCGUGGAGCAUCAAAGGAUGUGAAGGGUUUGACAUCUGAAACAAAUAACCAAAUGGACAAGAAUAUGCCCUCUGUUAAUGCCACAAAAUCUGCAACUUCAAAUGGUUAUUUGGCUUCAAAGGUGAUAACUUCUGAUAAUCGGUUGAAUAUGGAGUUGGAUGGUGUUCAGGCUGUGGAAGAAACGACUGACCAGUCAAAAGAUGAUCUAUGUGAAAGCAAGGUUGAUGUUACAGUUUCACAAAGCUUUAUAGAUGACCUGCCUAAUGAUCCUGCUCAAGUGGAGGCUCAUAAAACUCCUGUUAAUUUGGCUUCUGAGGAAUCUGAUCUUGUUGGAGGGAAGGAACAGGUAAUUUCAACCGGUCUUGAAUGUCCACCUGGUACAGCUGCAACAAAAGCUGAAAAUGAAACUAGUUCUAAUCAGCUAAAUGGGUUUGGUGAUGCCAAAAUAGAUAGGAAAAGCAUACCAAAUGAAGGGCAAAAUAGCACUGCAGCAACAAGGACGAAGCGAUUGGAUUCAGAGUCCUCUUGCACUCAAAACAGCUUAAGCUUAGAUGUAAAUAAUGAUAAUGAUAAUGAUGUGUGUAUUAAUCCAAAAAAUGUUGAUUCUAAUGGAAAGCCCAUGACAGAGCCAUCAGAAAAUGAGGAGUCACUAAACUUAGCUGUUGGUGAAAUGACAAAAGAAAAGAAUGAGAUCAAGGCUGUUGAUAAUGCUGCUGUCAUUCGUGAUUCUAACACUUCUGUGAAUCAAAAUCACUCUCUUAAUGAUUCUACUGUCAAAGUGGAGGAGGAAAUUAGAUCUGAAUUGCAAAAUGAGGUGAGUUGUCCUUCCAAUAAUGAGGCGCAACCAAGCAAUCAUACUAUAUCAGAAGCUGAUAGGAAAGUUAUUACUGUUCCGGUUGAUAAUUCUAACUCCAACAAGGAAAACUUUUCUGCUAGUAGGCCUCAAGGCACAAUGUAUAACACUAUUUGUGAGAUUCCUGAGACGAUUUUGUCAGGAAGAACCUCAACUGCAAAUGGUGAUACUCAAACUAGUAUGGAUAAUCAUGUGAAAGUGGUGGAUGAGGCACAUGAAGAUUCCAUUUUGGAAGAGGCACGGGUUAUAGAGGCUAAGCGGAAAAGGAUUGCAGAGCUAUCUGUUGGUACCUUACCCUUGGAGAAUUGCCGAAGAUCUCAUUGGGACUUUGUCCUUGAGGAAAUGGCAUGGUUGGCAAAUGAUUUUGCUCAGGAGCGUCUUUGGAAGAUGACUGCUGCCGCUCAAAUAUGUCGACGUGUUGCUUUUACUUCGCGAUUGAAAUUUGACGAACAAAAUCAAUAUUGGAAACUCAAAAAAGUAGCUUUAACCCUUGCUAAUGCUGUCAUGGACUUUUGGCUUUCAGCGGAGGUGCUUCUAAAUAGUAAGGAUGCAAGUCUUGGUCCAAAGAACUGUGGCCAUGAUUUGGUGGGGUCAAGGGCCAAUGAAGUUUCUGAGAACAAGACCGCAGAACUUGAUAUGGAUGCAAACAAGGAGGAGAAGCAGCACACUGGAAAGAACAAUGAACUUGCUAUUUGGGCAUAUGCUCUUAGAUAUUUGAAAUAUAACAGCUCCCCUGUUCCAUCACUUCUAGCUGAAGCACCAGCAACUCCUGACAGGAUAUCUGACUUAGGCAUUAUGGACAUUUCUUGGGAUGAAUACCUAACAGAAGAAAGCCUGUUCUAUGCAGUUCCUUCAGGUGCUAUGGAAACCUACCGAAGAUCUAUUGAAUCAUAUUUGAUACAGACUGAGAAAACUGGGAGUAGUGUGCAAGAGGAGGUUGAAACAUCUGCUUAUGAUGCUGGAGCAGAGUUUGGAUAUGAGGACUUUGUGAAUGAUGAGGAUGAAGGAGAAACAAGUACAUAUUAUUUGCCUGGAGCCUUUGAAGGUAGCAAAUUAUCAAAAUUAAACCAGAAGAAGCGAAAGAUCUCAAUGAGAGCCCAUCCUGCAAGACCAUAUGAAAUGGGUGUUGAUUUGCCAUAUGGAAACUGUGCUCAACAGGCCAUGUUGAUAGGAAAAAGGCCUGUCAAUAGUCUAAAUGGUGGUCCAAUUCCAACGAAACGUGUGCGUACUGGUUCCAGGCAGAGGGUUUUAAGUCCUUUUAGUAGUGCAGCUGCUGCUGGGGGUUUACAGGCUCCGACAAAAACAGAUGCUUCUAGUGGUGAUACUAAUUCUUUUCAGGAUGAUCAGAGUACUUUGCAUGGAGGAUUCCAGACCCAGAAAAGUAUGGAGGUUGAAUCAAUUGGGGACUUUGAAAGGCAGCUUCUGUAUGAUUGUGCAGAAACACCAACAAAACCUAAAAAAAAGCAAAAGGUCAAGAAUCUUGUUUCUGCAUAUGAUCAGGGUUGGCAGCUGGAAUCUACUGUUCACAAUGUACAGAGGGAUUAUUCCAAAAAGAGACCAGAGAGUCAUCAUUUUGAUUCUAAUGGAACCAAUGGUUUAUAUGGGCAACAUAAUGCUAAGAAGCUGAAAAUAAUGAAGCAACAGCCAGAUAACGCUUUUGACAGCACUCCAAGUGGAUCCAUCCCUUCACCAGUAGGGUCCCAAAUGAGUAAUAUGUCCUACCCCAGCAAAAUCAUUAGAUUAUUUCAUGGUCGUGAGAGGGGUAGAAAAGCCAAAACACCUAAGAUGUCUGCUGCUCAGCCCGGUUCUGGUAGUCCAUGGUCACUAUUUGAAGAUCAGGCACUUGUUGUCCUUGUGCAUGACUUGGGUCCAAAUUGGGAGCUUGUAAGUGAUGCCAUCAAUAGUACACUUCAAUUUAAGUGCAUAUUCCACAAGCCUAAAGAAUGUAAGGAACGCCACAAGAGCUUAAUGGAUAGGAGUGGGGAUGGAGCUGACAGUGCUGAUGAUUCAGGGUCUUCCCAGUCAUAUCCAUCGACAUUGCCUGGCAUUCCGAAGGGAAGUGCCAGACAGUUGUUUCAACGUUUGCAAGGGCCGAUGGAAGAGGAUACCCUUAAGUCUCAUUUUGAGAAAAUUAUACUUAUUGGCAAGAAACAGCACCACCGGUGGAGUCAGCAUGAUAACCAGGAUCCGAAGCAGAUAGUGCCAGUCCACAAUUCUCAUGUUAUUGCACUUUCACAAGUCUGCCCGAAUAACCUAAAUGAAGGGGUUCUAACGCCUCUCGAUCUUUGUGAUGCCACUGCAUCAAGCCAAGAUGUUCUACCCCUUGGAUAUCAGGCUUCUCAUGCUGGUGGUUUAGCAAUAUCGAAUCAAGGAGCUGUGGGAUCAAUGCUUCCUGCCUCUGGAGGAAAUUCCUCACUGCUGGGAUCUUCUGGCAUGGUGCUUGGCAGUAAUUUAUCAUCCCCGUCUGCCCCUCUCAAUACAUCUGUGAGGGAUGGUAGAUAUGGUGUUCCAAUAACAUCUUUGCCAGCUGAUGAGCAGCAUAGGACCCCACAAUAUAAUCAAAUGCUAUCUGGCAGGAAUAUUCAGCAGUCCAACUUGUCUCUCCCUGGGGCUGUUUCUGGAUCAGAUCGUGGGGUUCCUAUGCUACCUGGUGCAAAUGGUAUGGGCAUGAUGUGUGGGAUAAAUAGAAGCAUGCCAAUGUCAAGACCAGGCUUCCAAGGAAUGGCAUCAUCAGCAAUGCUGAAUUCUGGCAGCGUGCUCUCCUCCAAUAUGGUGGGAAUCCCAAGCCCUGUAAAUAUGCACUCUGGGCCAGGUUCUGGUCAAGGAAACUCGAUGUUGAGACCUCAUGAUGCCAUGCACAUGAUGCGACCUGCCCAAUAUCUAGUGCAUCAAAGGCAAUUAAUGGUACCUGAGCUCCGAAUGCAGGCUCAAGGGAAUAGCCAGGGAAUUCCUGCUUUCAAUGGGUUGAGUUCUGCUUAUCCUAAUCAAUCAACUGCACCACCUGUUCAGUUGUAUCCAGGCCAUCCCCAGCAGCAGCAGCAGCAGUCCCAUGCAUUAAGCAACUCUCAUCAUGCUCAUCUACAAGGUUCCAAUCAUAGUACUGGGUCACAACAGCAAGCAUAUGCCAUGCGUGUCACUAAAGAAAGGCAAAUGCAGCAGCAUCAACUUCUUAUGCAUCAGCAACAACAGCAGCCAAAGCAAAAGCAACAGUUUGCUACAUCUAGCACUUUGAUGCCACACAUCCAACCUCAGACUCAACUUCCCAUCUCUUCUUCUCUUCAGAAUAGUUCUCAGAUUCAAUCUCAAGCUUCACCUCAGCCAGUAUCACUUCCCCCUCUGACACCGUCUUCACCGAUGACUCCUAUGUCAUUGCAGCACCAACAGAAACAUCACUUGGCCCCUCACGGGCUUGGUAGGAACCCCCAACCUGGUGCUAGUGGGUUGAACAAUCAGAUAGGCAAGCAACGGCAGCGGCAGCCCCAGCCCCCGCAGCAGCAGCAGCAGUUUCAACAGUCUGGCAGGCACCACCCUCACAAUCGGCAACAAACACAGUCUCAACAACAAGCUAAACUUUUGAAGGGAGUGGGAAGAGGGAACAUGCCGGUGCAUCAGAACCUUUCUGUUGAACUUGCUCAUCUGAAUGGCCUUAGCAUGGCCCCUGGCAACCAAGCUGAUGAGAAAGGAGAGCAGAUGGUGCACUUGAUACAAGGUCAGGGGUUGUAUUCUGGGUCUGGUAUGAGCCCUGUCCAACCAUCUAAACCUCUAAUUUCUUCUCAAUCUUCGAAUCAUUCCCAGCCUCAGCAAAAGCUAUUUUCUGGGACAGCAUCGCAUUCUUCAAAGCAACUGCAGCAGAUGGCUUCCCAUUCUGAUAAUAGUUCUCAAGGUCAGGUUUCCACAGUGCCUUCCGGUCAUACACUGUCAACUGUGCAUCAAACCGUGCUGCCAGCAGCUAUUUGUUCAAACCACCAGCAUUUGCAGCUACAAUCACAACCACACCAAAAGCAGGUUAAUCAAAACCAACCUACCGUUCAAAGGAUGCUUCAGCAGAAUCAACAAGUGAAUUCUGAUCCUCCCAGCAAAUCUCAAGCUGAGCCAGCUCAAGGUGACCGACAGCCCAUGAACAAUGCUUCACAGAUGGGUACAACCACAACCAUGGCAAUGCCUCAGGCUGGUAUUGAUUCAGUUAACGACACAGUACCGAUUGUUGCUCCUGUUGGUUCUCAGCGGAAAUCAUCAGAACCAGUGUAUAAUCCUGGUAUGUCAAAUGUGGCUGCUCAAGUGGGAUCCAUAGGGAGCCCUCUUAAAAAGUCAGCCGGUAGCGAUCCAAUACCUUCUGUCAGUCAAGGGUUAGGACAGAGACAAUUAUCAGGUGGCUUACCCCCUCAUGGGAAUAACACUGGGGCACAGUGGCCCCAACAGCCACAGAUACAACCAUCUCCCACGCUGCCACCAUCUCAACAACACUACCAACCACAAGAGCAUUUACAACAAGAUCAGCAUAAUUCACCCCCACAGCAGCUGCCAUUGCAGCAGCAGUCACAACAGCAAACUCUGCAUCUACAAGCAGUACAGGGCAGCUUGUAUCACAGGCCUUCUAAUUCUAAGCUGGAAUGAAGCAAUCUAGUGGAUGCAGCAGUUCCAACAGCGAUAGUUCCUGCUAGGGUUGGGUUUGCAUGCCCUUGUAACAGCAGUGUACAGAUGAAGCUAGUUAUUCCUUUAGGGCAUUGCAAUGUGGAAAGAGGUGGUUGCUAUUUGCAGGUUAGAAAAUUCAUAGAAAAAAUGUUGGGCUUUUUUUUUCUACUUUCUUUUUGGAUUUUGGGGGAUUAUGUAUAUUACCACUGCUGUAGAGUAUUGAGAAGAUGGAGGCAGAUAUAGAGGCAUUUGUACAUAGGUCACAUCUUUUUCCUGUACUUUCUUCCCCUCCUUUUCCAUGGUCUCCCUGCUCAUGUGCAGAGGGACCCUAUUUCUUUUUGCCCCAAUAGAUUAGUGCAAUGUAUUAUUAACCUUUCAGAUUAAGUGGGUAGCAAUCAUUUUUAUGGGCAAAAGCCUUAGGAAAUUUUGUGAAUAUAAGGUUUCUGGUGUACACACUGGUCAGUGGUCUUAGAAUGAUCAGCUUCUCCCACUGCCAUGGGCACCCAAAUUCAACAACCCGUUAAUCGCUGAUCCGUUUCCCUUUCCCUUUCCAUUUCCAUUUUUCAUUCCAGGUGUACUAAAUACUGAUCAAAUCACAAGCCUGUGUUUCUUGCAUGAAGUAUUGUAGUUGUAGGUAAAAAGUUGGUCCUACCUGUUCUGAAGGUUUAACACCCAAAAUUUUGGUGAGAUCUGAAAUGCACUCUGGAUCUUACGAUAAUCUUUGAUUUGAUUUGUUUCAAAUUUCAAUCUCGGAACAAGCCAAUCGUCUUGGGCACUCCAGAAACUGUAUUGCAUCUCAUUCCUGUUUGUUCUUUUGCUUGGCCCUUGCAAAUUUAUCUAAUUAGGUUUCCCUGUUUAACUGAAUUGAACAAUCAUCUGUUUUUGCGUACGCAUGGAUGUUAAAAUAAAGAGUUUCACUUAUACAUACAUACAUACAUACAUACAUACAUAAAUACAUAAAUAAGUAUAGGAGAAUCUUAGAUUCCACAAGUGUUCAAGUAUUCAACUACUAUACUUAAAUAUAUGCAAUACCCAUGAACGUAGAUCGAUGUCCCAGUGAGAAACUUAUUUCAUCUCAUUGAGGGUUGGCUUCUCUUUAGACAUGAGCCCUGAUCAAAUACCUCCCCUAUUGAUGGCAAUACCACCAUAUCACUGCGGCUUUAACCAGAGCUUCAAAUCAAAUGA